CCCAUUCCCAGUUUAAGUUGAAGAAUUUAAAAUGUGGACCCCUCUGUCCUCUAUAUAUAUCUUCAGCGAUCUAUGCCCCUGCCAGUCAAGCUCUUCUUUGUGCCAAGAUAUAUUCAAGCCACCACAAGAAAAUCCUAUCUAUUUUCUUGCUAUCCUUCAAACUGCUAGCUUCAAAUGAGGCCUUCUUUCGUUUUUUCUCUCCUGCUUGUGUCUCUCCUCCUUGCUAAGGUUCAAGGGAUUCGCUGGGACAGAGAGUCUCUAACAGUUCAGAAACAAGCACAACAUGAUGAAGAAAGUACCUCGAUGGAAAAAAGCAAUGGAGAAGCUGAGGAGGUUAUUCUCUGCAAAGACGACCAAUGCACAGGAAAGAUAAAGAGUAGGAAACUUGUUACCACAUCCAUUUCAUCUUCCAACGAACUUUCAAAGAAUAAAGUGAAGAAGGAAGAGGAUGAAGCUCACUCCUCUCUAAAUGGCAAUACUAGAAGGGUGAAACUUGAUGGGGAACAAGAGGAAAUAAAAGUUCAAACUUUGCCUACUUCAGAGCACCGGGGGCUCCAUCAUGAGCAGUAUCCGGACCUUGUAGACAUAACUGAGAUGGAUUAUUCUCCAGCAAGGAGAAAGCCUCCAAUACACAAUUGA